AUGGGGAUCGUGGGUUCCAUACAGGCUUGGUGGUCUAUGCAGACAAAGGAGCAUAAGCAAAACAUCAUGUUCAUCGGCCCGCUUGUCUUUGUUAUAGAGUUGGCCAUGGCCUAUACACGGCAUACACAUAAAACGGAAGUAUCCGCUCACCAGGAGAAACUUGAGCAGAUAAAGAAGGAUAUGAACAAGGAGGAGCGAGGCACGUACCGUCAUAGAGUCCUGAACACCUACUAUAUAGCCCAGGAAAAUGAGCUCUUUGAUCUUCUACUCAAACCCGUAGAGCAGCCCUCUCAUGCAAAAUGGCUCGCAUUUAUCCCCAGCUUUGCAGUGCGACUUUUCUUCAGCAUCUUCAGAGAAAACAGCAUUCUUUGCCGUGUCAACAUACCCGAUUCUAUCGUUGCCAGGGCUCUCAAUAUUUUCAGUGGGGCAUCCUACAAGCCCGGAAACGUCUCAACGACCGUGGUGCAGGUUCUUCUUAGUCGCAUUUACCGCCCAAUUGCGGCGCUUAUCUUCCCACCGGCCUUGAAGCCUCUUACCAUGGAGCAGCAGAUAAGACGCCAGCAACGUCUCAGCAUGCCUCCGGAGCCACCACAACAGAGUGGUCAGCCGCCUGCUGCGCGCAUUUCUCAGGAAGGGAUCGAGGACUUGAUCAGGAGCUAUCCAGAUAUCAUCACCAUCAAGACAACGGACCUGGUUCAGUAA